AAAAUGUUUGGCCAGUAUGCGAAUAAGAGGAAGUAAAGCGAAAAAUAAAAACAAACUCUGUUACUUAAACUGCUAAAUAUCUCUCCUGGCCAACCAUUUUCUAUUUCGCUUGAAAAAAAUUCAUCAUUAUAAUCCUAUUUCAUGAUCAUCACGACACAAUACCCAUCCCUUUUCUAAAGUGAAACUAGAAGUGGCAUUAUCUUGGAAGGAACCUUGGAUUGAGGUGCUCGUAAGUCCUCGGUUGAAAAUUAAAAGAACUGUCUCGAAGAAGCUUCGUGUUACUUCAAAGCGGGAGGGUUAACCAGCAAAGCAAUCGCAUGCUAUUCGUUUCUCAUCGCACUAGAGCUUAUUCAAGAUUGACUCGAAUGCAAUAUUUAUUGAGUUAUGACUGCAAUAUCACGUGCCGCAACUACAUUCUUAUAGAGCUAGCACUUUUGUAUCAUUCCCUAACAUUUUAGUGGAAAAAUUGUUUACGUUUCAUUUCGUCCACGCACGCAGGAUUUAUUGUGGUGAGACUUAUCCAAAUGGAUGUUUCUACUGAACAAGAUGAGGAAAUCUGGCUCAAUGAUUUGCUCGACAUACCUUCUGUCCCAGCGAGCCGUCGGGAUCACUAUCCGUUUUCGAAAGAUAUGGCCCUCGCCUAUCGCCUCCAACUGGCUAUCCUCUUGCUGAAUGCUGCAUGCGCCCUGUGGUGCGUGGAGCCCUGCCACCGACUUGGGCUCCUUUUCAGCUUCUGGCUGCUCUUCGUCCUCUGCGAAAACGUCUACAGGAAUUAUCCAUGGCGGGAGCCUCUGAACGUCUGGAUGUGGCAUCUUUAUUUGGGCAUUCCAUGUUUUAGGAUGCUUUUAUUCAUAUGCAUCAUACUGCUUCUGCUGUUUUUGACGUACGUUGGAACCGGAUGUGAACUGGACCACCCUCUGAUGGAAGCAUCUGUGGCAUGGCUCAGCGGCAUGGCUAUUUGGCCUCUGGUCAGAGAUCGCAGACGUCAGGAAAAGUCCGAGGAAGAUUACGACCAGUUCAGUUCCAUCAGACCUUGGUUGCUUAUGCUUCCUGGUCCGUUCGGAAUUAUCUUUGCCGCCCUCCACUCCCCAUCACUUCUCAUCCUUCUGGCGGCAUUUGCGGCAUCUUCGAUGGUCGGCCUCUUCCUGCACGGGCUGAUCGCCGACGUUUGGACGGUGUCCAGCGGUACCCUUAUGCUAGGUCUGUUCGCCAUUCUUUGCUGCCACCGCCUACCCGAAGACGUUCGUCUCACCAUGGCAGCCUGGGAAGAGGAAGAAAUCACUUACGCCCGCAGGAUAGAAAACAGCUUGAGGAUCGUUAAGGGUAAUCUGCGGACAGCGGGCCUCCCAAGUGAAGGUAGCGCCAGAUUCGACCGUCUUGCCAUCCAAGUACCACUGCUGCUGCGUGAGGUGAAAAUCCUGAGGAAGAUGAGCCGGACGAUCACCGAAAGCACAGCCAGGGAGCUGAAAAUGCUGACCACUGCCGAAGAAUUGGUGGAGUUCAAAAAGAAGACGGAUAAUUACGGACCUUACACCUCCGAAUGCUGCAUCUCUUAAAUUUGUUUGUUUAAAUAGUGAACUAGUAAAAAUAGGUUCCUGCUUAUCUGCAAUAUCAAUUUCCAGUUAUUGCUCCAUUUUGAUGUCGGUUGCCGGGGAAAAGAAAAUACAGAAAAAGAAAUAAAUUCCAUUUGAAUUGUUUUUAUUCACAGUAAGGAAUUGCAUGUGCAACAAAGAUUUAACGGAUAGUAUAUUUCUAUACUUAUAGAUUUGCUUUCUUUUUCUUUGAGUAUAUUAAAACGACUCUAAUUUAGUUGAGAUGUUUUUUACGCAGUGCUGCGAACGAAAAAUUUGUUCUGUUGUUUUAUUUUGUUUCCAGCAAAAAGAUAGUUUAAAAA